GGCGGGGUCACAUGGCCCCCAGGUGACAGGCUGGCCGAGGGGCCUCGCGGUUCCCCAUGGACCCUCACACCCACGGCUGCCCAGGCGGGAGCGGGGCGUCUGGCUGUUGGCCGAGGCCCGGACGUUUGGGGGGGACGCCGGCCGGGCCCCCGGGCAGCGGGCGUUGCUGGCAGGAGGCUCUGAGCGGGAGGACGAUGAGGCGCCUGCUGCUCCUGCUGCUGGGCCUGUGGGAGGCCCAGAGCCGUGCGCCCUCCAGGCCCAACUUUGUCCUGAUCGUGGCGGACGACCUGGGCAUCGGUGACCCCGGCUGCUACGGGAACAAGACCCUCAGGACCCCCAACAUCGACAGGUUGGCCGAAGAGGGAGUGAAACUCACGCAGCACCUGGCGGCCUCGCCCCUGUGCACCCCGAGUCGGGCAGCCUUCAUGACCGGCCGGUACCCCGUCCGAUCAGGAAUGGCGUCUCAGACGCGAAUCGGCGUUUUCCUCUUCUCGGCCUCCUCGGGGGGACUUCCCAACACUGAGGUCACGUUCGCCAGACUUCUGAAGGACCAAGGCUACGCCACGGCUCUGAUAGGGAAGUGGCACCUGGGCACCCACUGCCACAACAACACCGACUUCUGCCACCACCCGUCCAGCCACGGCUUCGACUACUUCCACGGGCUGCCCGUCACCAACCUGCGGGACUGCAAGCCGGGGGCGGGCAGCGUCUUCACCCAGGCCGUCCGCGUGCUGGUGCUGGCGCCCCUGCAGGCGCUGGCCCUGGCGCUGGUCACGCUGGGCGCGCUGCGCUGGCUGGGGCUGCUGCCGGUGCCCGGGGUGGUCUUCCUGGUCCUGCUGCUGCUGGCCGCCGCCCUGCUGGGCCUCCUGCUCUGCUUCCUACACUUCUUCCGGCCCCUCAACUGCUUCCUCAUGCGGGGCCGGGCCGUCAGCCAGCAGCCCCUGUCCUAUGACAACCUCACCCAGCGGCUCACGGCCGACGCCGCCCGCUUCAUCCGACGGAACGCGGAGAGGCCCUUCCUGCUCGUCUUCUCCUGUAUCCAGGUCCACACGGCCCUGUAUGCGUCCAAGGACUUUGCCGGGAAGAGCAAGCAUGGUGCCUACGGGGACGCGGCUGAGGAGAUGGACUGGGGUGUCGGGCAGCUCCUGAACGUCCUAGAGGAGCUGCAGCUGACCAACAACACCCUCGUCUACUUCACGUCCGACCAGGGCGCCCACGUGGAGGAGGUCACCCCCAAGGGAGAGCGUCACGGGGGAAGCAACGGGAUCUUUAAAGGCGGCAAAGGCAACAACUGGGAAGGAGGCAUCCGCGUGCCGGGCCUGCUGCGGUGGCCGGGCGUGCUCCCGGCCGGGGUGGAGAUCGCCGAGCCCACCAGCAACAUGGACGUCUUCCCCACCGUGGCCAAGCUGGCCGGGUCCCCGCUGCCCGAGGACAGGAUCAUCGACGGGCGCGACCUGAUGCCCCUUCUGCGAGGCGAAACCCAACGCUCUGAGCACGAGUUCCUCUUCCACUACUGCAACUUCUACCUGAACGCCGUGCGCUGGCACCCGCCCAACAGCUCCUCCGUCUGGAAGGCCUUCCUCUUCACGCCCAACUUCGCGCCCGAGGGCGCCAACGGCUGCUUCCCCACCCACGUGUGCUUCUGCCACGGCCACUUUGUCACCCGCCACCACCCGCCGCUGCUCUUCGACCUGUCCCGGGACCCCAGGGAGCGGCGCCCCGUGACGCCCGGGGCCGAGCCCCGCUUCUGGGAGAUCCUGGAGGCCAUGCAGGAGGCGGCGGAGCGCCACGCCCGCACCGUGGUCCCCGUCCCCAACCAGCUGUCCGUGGGGCGCAUCCUCUGGAAGCCGUGGCUGCAGAUGUGCUGCUCCUCGUCCCCCGGCCUGUCCUGCCAGUGUCCGCGGGGGGAGCAAGACUGAGGACACAGCCCGAGGCCGUGCGGGGGGGAGCCCCGGAGGCACCCUGCCCGCACCCCUCACUGGGACACGCAGACCGGGGUGCCCGCUCUAGCAGACCCCCCAAACGCACCAUCGAGGGCCCCCGGGUGAUGCCGUCGGGGGGACAUCACGGCUGCCCGUGCAUCACAGGACAUGUGUUAGCUGUGCACCUCCCGUGAGCCAAGUCGGGGCGCUCACGUACCCGCACGAAGGGGGACCCGCAGCGUGCCCCCCUGCCGUGUGCACACGGACGCCGGGACGGUGCAGGGGGGAACCCAUCCACCUGCAGACGGUGUGUGUGAGCCGCGGCCCCGGCCUCACGUCUCCCACAGCCUGAUCGGGCGCCGUGGCCGGGAGAACGCCACUCGAAAGGCGCCCAGCCAGCCUCGGGCCACGCGACCCGACCGCGAAGGAAGGCCCGCCUGAGAGUGGCCGCCAGUCCGUGGCCGUGCCCCGAGGGGGAGGCAGAGAUGAUCAGUAUUAUAGAGCACACGCAACGCAGGCUUCAGCACGCGUGGGUUCGUGGCGCACGUGAAGGAGGAGGCGUGUAAGGCCCGGAGCCCGGUGGCGAUCCCAGCGUCACGGACAUCGCCGCCGAUGCGAUCGCACGGCGACGCCUGAGAGUCCGUCUUCAAGGUGACCGUGUCCCAUCCACGUUCCCGAUCCUCGCCGGCCGUGGACGUUGGGACACGUGAUGUGGAACCGUGUGCCGGAGGGCCACGUAACGUGAAGCAUGUAGUUACAUGAUGCGAACGUACGUGAUGUUGACGUGAGGGAGGAGGUUUCCGAUCUGUGCGCCGUCGGGAGAAAAUGAAGGAUGCGUGUUCCGUUCGUUGUUCGCAUUCAGAGAGCGUCGCCUCAGAACCGCGUGGCUCACCAGCACGACCCGGGUUCCCCAGAAGUCGGCUGCGUUGGUCACGGCCUUGCGCCGUCUGCAGGUCUUUGCUGGGACCAUCCCACAGGAAAAUGGAAUUAUUUGGCUCAAGAGGGACCUCAGCUUGCUUGCUUUUCUAAAGAAAAAAUGACCGAAUGUAUUGGGGGGACGUUGGGCGGUAAAGCUGUGUAGGUUUCGGGGGUAGAAUUGAUUGAUAAUCCGCCACCGGUAUCGUGUGUCGCAUGUUCGCCACUCCAUCCACGUCUCCCUCCGUCUCCAAUGACUCCCCCUUUGCCCUCUCCUCCCGCCCCCUUCCCUCUGAUAACCACUGUAUUGUUGUCUGUGUCUGUGAGUUUGUUUUUGUUGAUUUCCUAGGAGGGAGAUGGAGAGAGAGAGA